GUUUUUGCAGAAUUUCAGAGGUUCCACCAUGGACCAAUACUUGAUGGAUCCCUUAGCUUUCUGGUCAUUGGAGAUUGGGGUAGACAAGGGUUGUAUAAUCAAUCCUUGGUUGCAACUCAGAUGGGAAAGAUAGGAGAGAAACUAGACAUAGACUUUGUUGUAUCCACUGGAGACAAUUUCUACGAUAAUGGAUUAAGAGAUGUAAAUGAUCCCUCAUUUUUGGAGUCAUUUUCAAAUAUUUACACGGCUAAGAGCCUCCAAAAGCAAUGGUACUCCGUCUUGGGAAACCAUGACUAUAGAGGUGAUGUCCUAGCACAAUUAAGCCCUACCCUAAGGAAAAUUGACAAAAGAUGGUUCUGCCAACGAACAUUCACCCUUAGUACAGGCAUUGCGGAUUUUUUCUUCAUAGACACAACCCCAUUUAUGGACGAUUAUUACACCUUGUCGGAACAUACUUAUGAUUGGCGAGGUGUGUCUCCAAGGAAAGGUUACCUCAAAUACCAUCUCAAGGAACUUGAAGAAGCAUUGAAGAAAUCAACUGCAAGAUGGAAAAUUGUUGUGGGUCACCAUGCAAUAAGAAGUAUUAGCCAUCAUGGUGAUAGUCGAGAGCUUGUAAAUCAUCUCAUGCCAAUACUAAAGACCAAUAAUGUUGAUAUCUACUUGAAUGGGCAUGACCACUGCCUCCAACAUAUACGUAGUAUAGACAGUCCACUUCUCUACGUAACAAGUGGGGCUGGCUCAAAGGCAUGGAGGGGUGAUAUUAAAGAUAGCAACUCUGAUACUGUGAAAUUCUUCCACGACGGUCAAGGUUUCAUGUCUGUUGAAAUGACAGAACUUAAAGCAAAAUUUGCCUUUUACAAUGUCUUUGGUGAGAAAAUACACCAUUGGAAAGUGACAAAGACGUCAUUGCAUCCUUCUACAUGA